GCCCAAAAGGGCAGAGAAGAAACGAGGGAUGAGGAGAAAAUAAAAGCAGAGCAGGGUUGUGAAAAAUUUGGCCGAGACCAACCUCUAAGAAUCGGCGCAGCAUUUGUACAGAUUUAGCUUUCAGCGUCUUUCUGUUUGGUGUAUCUCGCCUGAACAUUUGCACCUGAGGAAAAAUGGGGAGGACGGGAGCGAGAUUGCCGGGAUUCUGCCUCAACAGGAUCAGGCCUCAUGUGAGAGUCCGAUCGCCUCCGCUACAAUCAAAGCCAGAACCAAAUGCCAUCAAGCCUGAUGAAAAGACAGAAAAUCUGAAGGGUGGCAGUGUUGAGGAAGAGAAGCCCGGGAACGGGGAGAAACCUGGGCAGGCGACGGGGCGGCGGAUUAUGAUCGUGGUGGAUUCAAGCAUCGAAGCGAAGGGAGCUCUCCAGUGGGCUCUGUCUCACACAGUUCAGAGCCAGGACACCAUGAUACUUUUGCACGUGGCCAAACCGGCUCAACAAGGAACCAGUGAAGAGUGCAACCAAAAGACAGCUCCAAGGGCUUACCAGCUUGUUCAGUCCCUGAAGAAUAUGUGCCAGUUAAAGAGACCUGAGGUGCAAAUCGAGACGGUGUUAGUGCAAGGGAAAGAGAAGGGUCCAAAGAUCCUGGAGGAGGCAAGAAAGAGCGGAGCAUCCCUGCUGGUGAUGGGCCAAAAGAAGAGGUCGAUAAGCUGGAGGCUGCUGAUGAUGUGGGUCGGAGGGAACCGAAUGGGCGGCGGCGCCGCCGGCGGAGGGGUCGUGGAGUACUGCAUCCAGAACGCCGAGUGCAUGGCCAUCGCCGUGAGGCGGAAGAGCAAGAAGCUCGGCGGCUACCUGAUUACCACCAAGCGCCAGAAGGAUUUCUGGCUCCUCGCUUGAAUCGAAUCUACCGUUUCUUUCACUCUGUUUAUGGGCCCUCGAUGUCGAAAAUGUUCUUUCUUCUCUUUCUACUCCCCAAUUCAUAUACUAUGUACAUACUAAAGUUAUCAAAACGCGAACCACGUUUCGGUCUCGGAGGUUGUUCGAGAAAAAAAAAAAAAAA